AUGUUAUUCAUCGAAUGUAUUUGCAAAAUCCAUGAGAAGUUGAAAUGCAAUACCAUUUAUUUGGAUCAGGUGAGAAGGCAAAAAAUCAAUUACAAGUUGAGAUGCUUGCAAGACCUAGUUCCUGGAUGCCUCAAGACAAUGGGAAUGGCAGCGAUGUUGGAUGAAAUUAUCAAUUAUGUCCAUUCACUGAAGAAUCAGGUUGAGGUAAGUUGGAAAUUAAUAAACAAACCAAGGUGUAAACACGAUGAUGCUGUCAUAUUGAAAUCUAAAGCACUAGCAAUUAAAAUAUUCUUGUUUCUCUGA